GAGCUGAGUCUGUUUUCGUCUGCCUGGCAGCGCGGUUCUGGAACGCGUAACGAUCGUCUCGUCGUCGGAAAAAUCACUUUUCAAACUCGGGACUCUAUUCGGUUUUUGGUAUCGGUCCGGAUCGCGUCGAUCGCUGGUCGAGCUUCCCCCCCAAUCAACCAACCUGUUGCAAUAAUUGUGGCCGACAAUUUUGGAAUCGCGCUUUUCGAUACUCGAUUGUGCAACAUUGCGUGCGGCAUAAAAAGCGCGUAAAAGUAUUUUCGAAAACGAGAAGUAAAAAAAUUUCGAAAGUGGCCAAUAAAGAAUAAAAUUACACAAAUUGUCAAAUACUUUCGUAAAGGAUAUUCCCGUGUGUGGAUUGCGCUGAAAUCGAAACUGAAACGAAGGCUCGUGUGGCAGAUUAACGAGGCCUGUAAUUUGCCAAACAAAAAAUAAGAGAAAAACAACAAAAAAGACAUUUUGUCGAAAUCCACUCCUCAUCCAACCUGUGGGCGUGGAAUCUGUGCAGCCAGCAGAGCGAUAAUUAGGAAGUACUUACGUGGCUAAGAUGGAUGAUCCCAAAAUAAUGAACAUCAUGAACGGCAUGAAGACACGGGAAGAUCAUUGUCAGCUCAUAAACGACGUCAAGGACGAGUCGCCCAUGCAAAUGUUCUACAAGGACAAGGGCGUCUUCCUCACCGGCGGCACAGGAUUCUUUGGCAAAAUUAUCAUUGAGAAAUUGUUGCGCGUCACAGAGGUGGGACAAAUCUAUUUGCUGAUACGUACCAAGAAGGGCAAGGAUGCUUUUGCUCGCAUCGAGGAUCUGUUUAACGAUCCGGUCUUCGACAAGAUGAAGCAGGUUAACCCCAAGUACCGCUGCCAGAUAACCAUCAUCAGUGGAGAUUGUUCGCUUCCUGGCUUGGGCAUUUCACCCGACGAACGCGAAACGAUCCUGGAGAACGUCAACAUUGUCCUUCACAGUGCUGCCACUGUUCGAUUUGAUGAGAAGCUCAAAAUGGCCAUCGCCAUCAAUGUCCACGGCACCAAGGAAAUCAUCAAGCUGGCCAAAGAAGUUGUGAAUCUUAAGGCACUUGUCCACGUCUCCACUGCAUUUGCCCACUGCAAUAUGCGUCACAUCCAGGAGAGAUUCUACAGCGGCACCAUGACCGGGGAAAAUGCUUUUAAGCUGAGUGAAUGCCUCGAUGAGCACACUCUGAAUACCCUAACUCCAACCAUCAUCAAGGGAUAUCCAAAUACGUAUACUUUUACCAAAGUCCUGGCCGAAAAUGUGGUUCAACAGAGUGCCCAGAAUCUGCCAGUCACCAUCUUCAGACCCGGAAUUGUCAUCACUACCUACCGUGAACCGGUCACUGGCUGGAUUGACAACAUGUAUGGUCCUUGCGGCGUUAUUGUGGGCAUUGGUUCGGGAGUCCUUCGGGUCUUCACCGGCGACAUGGAUAACAAGGCGCAUAUCGUGCCGGUGGACAUGUGUGUGAAUGCCCUGCUGGCCAGUGCUUGGGAUAUAGCACGCAACAAGUAUGAAACGCCACCGAUUUACAACUAUGUGCCGGAUCAGGAGAACAUGGUCAGCUGGAGGCGUUACAUGGAGGAUGGCUUCGAGUACGGCUGCGACAUUCCCAUGCGAAAAUCCAUAUGGUAUCCGCGAUUCACGAUUGUGCCACACAUGUGGCAGUACCACAUUCUGUGCUUCCUCUACCACACGUUGCCCGCCCUGGUUAUGGAUGCCAUUAUGGUUCUUAUAGGCAAGAAGCCAAGAAUGAUGAAAAUCUACCGCAAAAUUCAUAAACUGAGCAACGUCCUUAAAUACUUCAGUUCAAAUGAGUUCCGCUUCGACAACGAUAACGUAAGAAAAUUAACAGCAAAGUUGGACGACCGGGACAAGAGGCUCUUCGCCUUCGAUAUGCGUGAUCUGGACUGGACCAAUCUAUUCCGGGUUAGUCUCUACGGACUGCGGCUCUAUGUGGUCAAGGAUGAUCCUAGCAAUAUUCCCGAAUCCAUUAAGCGCUAUGAGAGAUUGAAGGUCCUACACUACACGACGCUGGCUGUUUUCUAUUCGUUAGCCGCCUGGGCGCUAUAUGCCCUCGUCAGGCUCUUCUUAUGAGAUCCUUAAGUCUAUUUAACAAUUGUAACCAUUUUAGGGCAUGUCUUUCUACUUCAACUAUCCUUGAUUCUUUCAGUGUAAAGCCUUAACGUUUCCGUCUCCACAAUAGUUGUUAGUUGUAGUUGUAUGUAUGUAUGUUUUUACCAUAUCCAUAUGCCCCAAAGUCAUAUGUUUGAAACGCUUUAUCCGAACCUUAUAUAGCUUAGUUUAUACGUACGUCUGUAAAUGUAAAUUCGCUCUAUUGUAUUGUGAAAUGUGGAUGUAGAUGAUUGAUUACAAGCACAAUAAAUACUGCUUCACAUAUUGUUUGGGAUAA